GUUUUUUUAAGAUUUAUGCACACAAAAUGUAAAUGUUUGCUACGUGUAAGAAAAGAAUAUGUUGUGGUGCCUGUAAAUCUAUAAAUCCAAAAAUUACCUGUUCCAAAAUGAUAAGAAUAGCACUCCAGUGUCAAGCCUAAUUUCACCACUUCCAUCAGCAACUAAUUCUGCUCAAGGAUUCAAAGCUAUUCGUUUCUUCAGAAAUAAAUUUAUUGGUAUUUCAGGAUGAAAUAUUUUAAAAAAAAAACCCAGGAUGAAGAAUCCCUACUCCACAAUGAAAACGAGGUCGAAACGGAUCAAAUAAUCGAAGACAAACUAAACGAAUCGGUGGACCAACUUACGCAUAAAUCGUCUAAAAUCCGCACCAACGCCUUCAAAAAUCUUUCCAAAAUUUUAAUAGAAAACUACGAGCCAGAUUUCGUAAAGAGUCACAUCUUCACAAUGACCGACGUCAUCGAGAAGUCGUUGAAAAAGAAGAGCGGCGAAGCCGAAGCUAUUUUGGCCGCAGAUCUGGCCGCUCAUUUGUUUACCCAGUUGAGCCUUAGUGAAGAUCGUGAGGAAAUUUGCAAGAAGCUGUCACCAGUUUUGUGGACUGUUCUUAACGACAAAUAUUCUGAGACUGCCCUCAAAACUAAAUGUUGCAGUGUCUUGGGCUACAUAAACUUCUUAACAAACGCAGAAAUCGGCGACAUCAUACUACUAAUGCAGCAGCUGUCGUCCAUCUUCGUCAGUUGCGCCAAAAUGGAUGUGGCAGCGGCAAAAAGCGACGUGGCCGAAAGUCUUUGUGCAGCCGCACUCACCUCCUGGUCAUUAUUGUUCACUCUCAUGCCAACAGACAACAUAAGUCACUUGAUCAAGUCUAAAACGUUGACUAAUUUGGAACAAAUUUUCGAGCUGUUAGAAAUAGGAAGCUUGGAAGUGCGGCUGGCUGCUGGAGAAGCCUUGGCGAUCGUCUUCGAGAUGGGAAGGCUCGAGGACAGUGAUUUCCAGGAGGAACUUGCUUAUAUCGUUGCAGAAACUCUCCGUGAAUUUGGCAAGGAGUGCACCAAACAUAUGGGGAAGAAAGAUAAGAAGCAACAGCGUGCAGAGUUCAGAGAUAUUUUAAAGCUGGUGGAGGACAAUGAAGUUUCGGAAUUGUCCAUGAAAUUUGGAAAGGAGGAGUACGUGAUGGAUACGUUGGUCAAGCAGAAGAUGUACGGAGAGUUGUGCAAAGUUUUAGGUCCUGGAAUAACUAGUCAUUUGGCCGUGAAUGAGUUGAUUAGGGAGGUUUUGGAAAUUGCCGAUGUGGCUAAAGAAGAGAUUGUCAGUGAGGAGCAGCAACUGAUAGAGAAGUUGGAUAGAAAGUACAAGAACGCUGCCAGUUUUAAAGCCAGGACUAAAUCCAGAGCUAGUGAUAGAAAAAAUAAAAUGUCAGAAUUUUAAAUUAAUAUUUAUUUUGUUUGUUUGUCUAUUUUUAUUAAUUAUAAUUAUUUUAUAUGUUAGUUACUUGUAAUUUGAAUUGUUUAUUUUAAUAAAACGUUUCUAUUU